AUGAUGUCGCAACAUGCUGGAGAGAAUACAGUGCAGAGACGGGCUACCUUUGGCUCUAUCAUGGUCGCACGAUCAAAUCAUGAAAGGCCAUCCGAAAUGGAGAUACAGCUUCGAUCUCACUCUCAGUUGCUUCGGGUGGUGGAGAGACAGAGUCUCAACGGUGCGCACUUUAUGAUUCAAAAGAGUGAAACUAUUCCUGUCUGUGUGGCUGCCAGGGUUUACUAUCCAGAGGAUGUACAACGUUUCCACGAAGAACUCGCCAAUCGAACAAAGCCUUCCUCCAUUGAAGACAUCAACCGACUGUUGGAACAAUUGCACGGAGUAACAACAGACAGCAGCCAACAGGACAAUGACAUUGACGGUCUCCAAGCGUUUCGAGACAAAUUCCAAUACACAGUCGUCAUUUGUGUCUUGCCGCCGCAAGGAUGCAAGGAGUAUUUUGAUCGUCCAGACUCUUUUGUACACCGAGUGCAGCAAAUCAUGGGCAAUGGGCGGUCUCAACAUGGCAAGUCUUCCUGGGUUCAUUUUAUCACGGACAGUGCAGCUGCUUUGACCACGCUUGUUUCAAUUGUGGAAUCAUUGCAUCCUCGAAAACGAGAAGCCAAGAAGGAAUACUUUUCCAGAGUCCGUCGAGGCUACUUUGUCCCUGACCACAACGGCAACAUUGAAGAACCAAACGAUGCUGCCAAGACUGCUGCUCUUGCGCUGACAGGAUGGGCUCGAGAGCACGGUGUACCUCAGGGAGAAGAGCGGAUUUUGAUGAGCUUGCUGGACAAUCUUGGAGCAAUUGCAACAGCAAACGAAGCAGAGCUGGAAUCAAUACCAAUCGAAAAAAAGACAAGACUACUUCUACACGAAUUCUUUGGGUCUGAUGGCAUUGUUGACGUUCGAAGAAACCUUGGUCAAGAGUUUGUGAACGCGCCAAGUAACAACACUGGGAUUCCUUCUGUCAUUGAGAUGGGUGGGGGGAUGGCCAGUGGGCGCCCCACACCCCAACUGCCUCCCAACCCAAACGCAAAUCCAAUGCAACGCACUUUCCCCCAUCAAAACACUUUUCCCGACACUACGGUUGCGGUCUUGGGCAACCCACUCCAGCGGCGAAUGAGCACCUUUAGUACUGUCUCCAACAUGCAUCCAGGGAAUCGUGGCGGUCACGCGGCUGGUUUCGGCAUCGAUGGCCAUGGCCAUUCGUAUCUCCAAAAUGAGGCACCCAGGGGCUUUACGCGGGGGGUGGCAAUGGCUAGGCCUAAACAAGAUCCAUACCAUUCCAUGCCGGGAGGGAUCCAUCAGGCUCACAACCACAACCACAUGCCUCCUCCCAUGAUGGGGACUCAACAAUCUGUUCCACAGCGUCGCCCCUCCCAUGGCAACCCAGGUUACACUCAAAACCCUGCAAGCUACAAUGGAAAUGCUGGAUUUCAAGCGGGUCAUCAUCAGGGAUUCGGGUUGUAUGCGUCUCAGUAUGCACAUGCCGGUAUGACUGGCAUGCACCACCAAGGAGCCCCUCCUUAUGCUUACAAUCAGCAGCAGCACUUCCCACAGCCAGCAAUGAUGCACCAUCAGCAGCAGCAGCAGUAUCACCAGCAACAUCACCAGCAAUUCCAUCAGCCAGCAAUGACGCAUUCCCACCGACAUCUACCAGCACACAACAACAAUAGUUUCCCACCAGCUCCCAGAUACUAG